AGCAGAAGACUUUUCAGUACGAAACUACACGUUCGCGCGUGUUGCAGAUUCUUUUCCUAAUUCCCAAAGAGUCUUUCAGUUCGUUAAUAAAAAUUUGUACAAGAAUUCUACGUGAUUUUCUACCACAUAUUCAUUAUUAGCAAAAAUGCCAUCUUUCCUUGUCACUAAUAUCAAAUUAGAAAUCAUCAAAUCUCGACGUUCCUCAAACAUCGUGUGCUUUACAGCAAUUUCACGAGAAGGAUGAGUUUCCCGGGAUAAUGAUUUUGUUUCCUCGCAUGACAUAAUUAUACCGUAUUCAAGAAUAUUAAAUCUCGCGAGAUUCAAUAAGUUUGCGAUCGUAUGUUACGAACGAUGGUUGAAAAAUUACCACUCAGGAAAAUCGUUCAAAGUCUGAGCCUGCCUGCAAUUGUAUGUUUCGGGAAUCCUCUUCUGGACAUUGUCGUGACCCUUGACGGAGAUGACCUCCUUGAGAAAUACUCCCUUAAAGUGGAUGGGGAAGUAGAACUUUCGGAGGAAAAAAUCCAGGAUCUUCUAGCUCAUCUUCCACCUGAGCCGAAUCGUAGAAUUAGUCCUGGAGGAUGUGCCCAAAAUACAUUAAGAAUAAUUCAAUGGCUGUUCGGUGGUCUGAAUGCGCCAAAAAUUGGUAUUUACUGCGGUGGACUUGGCAAAGAUACCAGAGGUUCAACUCUCGAGAGAAUGGUUGAAGCUGAGAAUGUCAAUACAAAGUAUGCAUCUCAUCCGACACUCUCAACCGGAGUUUGUAUAUCAUUGAUAAGCGGCUCCUCGCGCAGUCUCAUUGCAAAUCUUGGAGCAGCGGCUUGUUACACCGUGAAAGAUUUGAAGAAGAGUAAUUUAUCUCUGGAAGGCGUGAAGAUAAUUUAUAUUGAAGGAUUUUUUGUUGUUCAUAGUUUAGACGUUGCCAAAGAGAUAGUUGAAUUGACUCAAGAUAAAAAUGUCAUUAUUGCUUUCAAUCUAAGCGGCGAAUACAUAUUUGAGGAACAUCACGAUGUGAUUUGUGAAAUGGUCGGCUUGGCGAAAAUUGUAUUUGGCAAUGCCCGCGAAAUGACCGCACUCGCUAAGGCCCUUGACCUUAAAUUUCGCAACGUAUCCGAUAUUCCGUUUCUACUGAAUAGCUCGAAAAGAGUUACGGUUGGAGUUUCAAGUGCAACGUGUACCAGCAACGAUUGGUUGACCGAUAACGAUAUAUUUGUCAUGACACAAGGAGGAUCGGAGCCAGCGAUUGUUGUUUGGGGUCAGGGUUACUCCGUACAGGUUCAACCGGAAUCGCCAAAGCUUCCAAUAGUCGAUACGACCGGAGCAGGUGAUUCGCUCGUCGCAGGUUUUUUGGCUGGUGUCCUAGCAAAGUGGGAUCCAAAAUCGUGUCUCGAAUACGGUUGCAAAGUCGCUGCGAUGAUGAUUACGAGAUUGGGAGUUACGCUUCCCACUGAUAUACCUGAAGAUUUGUUGUAGUCAAUUCUGUUUCCAAAAGUCAUUGUGAUCUCAUUACAUCGCACAUUAAUCGCGUGCGAGUUUAGUCAGUGUGUAAAUAGAAUGUUGUAAUUGUAAAGGAAAGAGGACGAGAGGAAAAAUGGAAAAUGAUUCUCCGCUUUGUGGAAUCUUUCCUGAAACCGUCUCAGCACGAUAAAAAACAACUUUUUGUUGUGCUCAUAUGGUUUGCUGCUAAGUACAAAUUAAAAAGUCUAUUUAAUGCUAAUUCUUUGUUAUGCUCUAUUUACCCGAUGGAACAUCGAAUAUCCGGAAUUUUAAUGGAAAACGAAUUCUCCAAUUCGUUCCAAACUCCGUAAAACUUGUGAAAUUUAGUUUUCUCACCGCUGGCGAAAUUGGCCAUUAUUUUGUUACUGAUAUUUUAUCUGAUAUUAGUGACCUGUGAAUAGUAUUUUUUCUAAAAUUCUUCAAAAAAUUCUCCCGACCGAAAUCGGAAAACUUUGAAAAAUACCUGCAUUUCGUAAAUUCAUAAAAAUUUUCCUUGUGUGAAGGCACCGAAUUAUUUUGGGGGUUUCCCUUAUCUCGUACGAAAGUAAUUCAACGAAAAAGUGUCGUUACAAGUAAAUUAUUUAUUCGGUAGACUGUUAAUAAAUAUGAGACUAAAUAAAUUGCAAUCCAAGUACAAA